AUGUUUGGGAAUCUUAGACGCCGCCUGGCAGGGACACUGCCUUUAGAUGACCGGAUGGAGAAAGGGCAAGUAAGAAAUCGACAUUCUAGAGUAUGUUUAUUAGCUUCAUUAUCAGCUUUCUUUUGGUUUGUGUUGUUAUAUUUCCAUUUUGUUAUGCUUGGAGGUAGCAGUGUUGUGACUCAGUCAAACCCCGCUACCGUAAACACUGAAUCAAUAAAAAAAAUCCCGCGUAAUCCCAACCCGAUCCAUGUUAGUAGCCAUGUUGCUAGUGAUAGUCCUAAAUUUGAUGUUAGUCGUGAAAAAGAAAUAUCUGCUAAUGGUAAAUCAAAAGAUGAAAGCCUAAAGAUUGUGAAAUCGAGCAAUGUGAAACAUUUGCCGGUGAAUAAGAAAGAUAGGGCUCAUAGUCAGAUGGCGAAAUAUCCUUUUAUGAGGGCAUUAAGAACCCGUGAGAAUAAGAGUGAUCCGUGUGGAGGGAGGUAUAUUUAUGUUUAUGAUCUUCCUCCGAGAUUCAAUGAGAAUAUGCUGAAAGAGUGUAGGAGCCUUAGCCUAUGGACCAAUAUGUGUAAGUACACUACUAAUGCUGGGCUUGGUCCUCCAUUGGAGAAUGCUGAAGGGGUGUUCUCAAAUACUGGGUGGUAUGCAACUAAUCAAUUUGCCGUGGAUGUGAUCUUUAGCAAUCGGAUGAAGCAAUAUGAAUGCUUGACAAAUGAUUCGUCUUUGGCUGCUGCUAUUUUUGUGCCUUUCUAUGCAGGUUUUGAUAUUGCAAGGUAUCUUUGGGGCCACAAUGUAUCGACAAGGGAUGCUUCUUCUCUUGCUUUGGUUGAUUGGCUCAUGAAGAGGCCGGAGUGGGGGAUAAUGGGAGGAAAAGAUCACUUUCUAGUUGCGGGUAGGAUAACAUGGGACUUCAGGAGAUUGACUGAUGAAGAAUAUGACUGGGGUAACAAGCUUCUCUUCUUACCCGCUGCCAAAAACAUGUCAAUGCUUGUGGUAGAAUCCAGUCCCUGGAAUGAAAAUGACUAUGGCAUCCCAUAUCCGACCUACUUCCAUCCUGCAAAGGAUGCCGAUGUAUUUAUUUGGCAGGAAAGGAUGAGCAAACUGGAUAGGAAAUGGCUAUAUUGUUUUGCUGGUGCACCACGUCCAGACAACCCCAAAUCGAUCAGGGGGCAGAUCAUUGAUCAAUGCAAGAACUCCAAAGUUUGCAAACUAUUGGAGUGUGAUUUUGGGGAGAGCAAGUGUCAUUCUCCAAGCAGCAUAAUGCAGAUGUUUCAGAGCUCUCUUUUCUGCCUGCAGCCUCAGGGUGAUUCAUACACGAGAAGAUCCGCAUUUGACUCCAUGUUAGCUGGUUGUAUACCUGUCUUCUUCCAUCCAGGUUCUGCCUACACGCAAUACACUUGGCAUUUGCCAAGAAAUUAUUCACUCAUGAGGUAA